AUGCUGAACGAGCAGCAGUCCCUGUUAUUUAUAGAUUCUAACGGCAAGAGUUGGAAUGCGACUAAAGGCACUAAGAAGACCGAAGUUGUACUAGAGCGAUGGGUUAUUGACUUAUUAUCUAUCGACCGACAUGGAGGGGUGGGUGGAACAGGUGGACCCAGUGGUGAGGGCUCAGCAAGUGGUGGUAGUGGUAGUUCGAGCGGCUUGUCAGACGAUGGGUUUCUGUCUGAUCUGCCAGUUGUUUAUAAAAAGGCUAUAGUGGCUUUUAGGUCACUAUAUACAUAUUUGCAUCUCAUGCCAAGUUGGAACUUGAAGAGAAGACUUUCCAAGGCUAAAUUAAACAUAUCGCCUAUUUCGAUAGGAUGUAGGAUUAUUAACGGCGCACAACCUAUUUCAAGCCGAGGGCGAAUCGGGCUCACCAAGAACUUGAAGGGAGAUGAAGGUUCUAACGAUUCACAUUUGGAUACAUUCCAUUUCAGCAAUGUUGAGACCCCAGUAGGAGCUCUACGGAUUUCAGUUUCAUUUCGUACGAAUACGAACUUCCGAAUCGGAGAUUCUGAAAUGCUAUUGAGCAGUCAUUUCUUGAAUAUGGAUCAGACAACCAGAACCCACGUUUCUGGAAGUGGUUCCAGUGGUAGUGUAGGAAUGAGAAUGCAACCAGCUGCUAAUGUCAGUGAUGAAAGUGGACUGGGUCCAGAGCCGUCAAGUAUUUCGGCUGCAUCUACUGCUACAGGAUCAGUGUCGACAUCUGGACAGGGGCAUGGUAUAGGGGCAGCUGCUACAGUGGGUGGUUCAGGAUCCGGUUCAGGGUCUGGUUCAGGGUCUGGUUCGUCGUCUCGACGCGGAUCGUCUACUGUCUCUGGAACAGCCCCGCUUACAAAUUCAUCGUACUCUCCAAGCCCGACGUUGUCAUCUUCACCACAUCCAAAACCUUCUGUAUCGUUUAUGCAGCCAUUUAAAUCACCAUCUACUGCAUCAUCCGGAUUUGAAAUCUUACAACAACAGCAGCAGUUUCAGCAUCCACAACAGCAAGGAGGCAUGGCCAAUUCCCCAAGAAAACCGUCUGUGGGAAGAAUCCCGUCCAAUAGUUCAAUGGCGGCGCUGAGAAUUCCCAAGAGAACUCUUUCGACUGCCUCAGCAACAUCAAUUAACUCUGUUUCGUCGGGUAGAAGCGGUGCUAUAGGAAUAACUGGGAACCAACCGGGUCCUAAUAUCCCAAAUAGUGUGGGUUCUAAUGAAGCAAUUGUUUCUUCUUUCGGUAGCAGUUCUUCGGCUCCACGUUACAGCAGCAGUUUUGGAUCGCGUGGCCAAUGGCCUCGAUCGGGAUCGAUUACGAGCGUUUCACGGAGUAACCGUCCAUCUUCAUUUGUAGGGGAUCCUUCUAGUGUAGGGAGUAGCUCUUCGUCUCUGAUGGACCCGGGAUCUGGGUUAUACCUGGCUAGCAAUGACUUGGGAAAUUUUGUUAAGAUGGUUGAUUCAGCUCACCGGCCCUUCAGUUCUUCACCUAGUAGUGGCAGUGACGGUGGUGAGUCUCGUGUUUUGAGUGGUGGUAAUGAUUUAGUUGGUGACACCACCUCAAAUGUAACUUCCACUUCCACUAUGACUACUAAUACUAGUUCACAAAAGCAAAACCCCCUAGCUCGCUUCCAGAUGCUGAAAGAUAGCCACAAGGCAUUAUCCGAUUCAUUGCAAUCAUCAAUGUACUUGCCUAAGGAAGAUCCAAGAACAACAGCAUCUCCAGGAUCUAGCCCUCAGGAUAUUGCUUUAUCUACUUCUUCAUCUCCAGUUAGCAAAGGACUCUCACAUACGCCUGUUGUUCCGUCACGUCUUAGUGAAGAAAUGGUUAUUGAGGACACCACAGGUCGCAGAAGUAGAAUGGGAAGAUCGCAUACACCGUCGACGGAAGGUGGAUCGAGUAUCCUUGCGUCCGCUGCAGGAGUUGGCCCAGGAUCUAAUUUGGCUCGUAGGUCCUCUCGUAGUCGCACUAGGGGAACGAUUCUGUCGAUUUAUGGCAAUGUUGGCGAGCCUAGUACAUCUCCCAUUUCCAGCUAUACGUCGACAUCUCCUUUAGACAUCCCCAUGUCACCCUCUAAUAACUCAUCAUAUUCGCGAUCUGCGAGAAGAGAGUCCACUAGCCUGCUAAAUAGACGAACAAUGGGCUACGAUGAUCUUCAAGGUGGAGUUGAUCUGGAACCUCAUCAUCAUAGUUUGAAUCGUGUUGAUACUUUGUCAUCAAAUGCUGUUCACUCUGGGUCAGUAACAGCUCCAAUAACGAGCAGCUCGUCUUCUAGUGCCAGAAGGCGAUCGUUCUACAUUGGAGAUUAUGAUGGUCAAUAUCGUCAUUUCCCUGGGGGUGAACACCAGAGUAGAAGCCGUCAUGGUAGUAAUUCCGGUGGUAACUCUGGUGGUCUGAUAUCCUCGGCCGGUACAGGAAGCACUGGUCAGCAUGCUUCAUCUGUUGGUGAAACCUCAGCCGGUGCGGGUACAGGGUCUCGUUCGACAUUACAACAAACAUAUGAUGAUGAUGAGCUGCUAUUUGCGAUGAGUGACAUGCACAUUGUAUCACCACCACCAGCGCCUGGAUCACAAUCUGCCGGCUCUAAUCCAGGUACAACUCCUGAUAACAACAGCCACCAGUAUGGCCCAGCCUGGUCAUAG